AAAGCACCAUUCGAUGGCAUCUUGGGCUUCUCACAAGGCGCUGCCUGUGCUGCUGCCAUCACAUCGCUGCUCGACCAAGUUUCAAGGGCAUCGCCAGCGGUCGUCAAUAAGCUUGAGAAGUAUGCCGAUGCCAUGUAUCACCCACGCUUCAAAUUUGCCAUCCUCUUUUGCGGUGCACGUCCGGCAGCAGCGUCGUUUGACUGGCUGUACAAGGAUAUCUCCACGCCGUCAUUACACUUGAUUGGACAGCGCGACGUCAUGGUCCCCUUGGAGCGUAGUGAGCAGCUAGCAGAGAGCUUCGUCAAGGCAGAUGUCUUGUUUCAUCCAGGC